AAUUCCAAGAUGGCGGUCUGUAUCGCUGUCAUUGCUAAAGAGAAUGAACUGAAGUUCCACUACACGGUGCAUACCUCUCUGGAUGUGGUGGAAGAGAAGAUUUCAGCAGUCGGCAAAGCUAUGGCAGACCAGAGAGAGCUUUACCUUGGGUUGCUGUACCCAACAGAGGACCAGAAAGUAUAUGGCUAUGUGACAAACUCCAAGGUGAAGUUUGUCAUUGUCGUGGACUCGUCAAACACAUCUCUGCGGGACAAUGAGAUUAGAAGUAUGUUCAGAAAGCUACACAACUCAUUUACUGAUGUGAUGUGCAACCCAUUCUACAAUCCUGGAGACACCAUUCAGUCUAAGGCCUUUGACAGCAUGGUGUCUGCAAUGAUGGUGCAAGCUAGCUGAUAUUUUCUUGAACAUCUGUACAUAAUUUCCUGAAACACUUUACAUGUUGCUUUGUGUAUAACAGUGAAAUAAACUAUGUCCAUCAGAACCUCCAUUUACUCCAUUUCAAAGAAGCACUAUCAAGUGUAAUUCAUUUAUUCAUUUCUAAAGCAAAAGAUGUUUGACAAAUUAUAUACAGCGAUAAACAUUGCUUCAAGUACAGAGCAACUCAAUCGCUCAAACUGCCAAUUGCAUGUCAAUAUAGUUACAAAAGAAAGCCAAUCACACCAAAUGUUAUCAUUUGUGUUUGGUGUUUUACAACAACUAUACUUACAAGCUCGAUAGCCACACACCAACAAAAUGAGUGAUCUGAUCAAAACAUCCUUAC